AUGCCUCGCAAGGACUUCCAGAGGGAUCUUGCGCAAGCUUCAGUCCCUGGACGUUUUCCUCGUUUAAGGAAUGUGAGGCCGGGUGAAGAGCAUGGCUCAAUCCUUUUUACCUACAUGGUACCUUUCAGCAGCAACACCAUUGAUUUACAGACCUCAAUCUUUGAUACAUAUGACUACCCCGAUGAUCAUACAUACUUCACAUUUGCUGCGAGCGAUAAUAUCCCUGAGGCUGUAUCGCAGGUCCUUGAUAGCACACAACCAGUAUUUGCGGGUUUCCCGAUCCAUCAAUUUCUUGAGUGCGUCAGCGACAGUAUAGAUGACGCUCUUCUGGGAAAUGGCAGCGCACAUCCAAUCCAAGAAGACGAUGCUACAGAGAGUGAGACUCCUUCCGAUGACGAUAACGACGACUGGGACGUUGAUUAUGGAUCCAUAUGUCUUUCAACGCCAGACAGGUUAGAGGUGUUGAAGCAAAUACGGUCAGACAUGGGCGCUGUGAAAAAGGCUGGGUAUCGGGUCGGGUUCAUUGGAGAAGUAACCGAAUCCCUAAUUAUCUCAAUCUCUUGUCGGAUAGCGAAGCUUGCGAUUUCAAAGGUAGCGAUGCAGGCAUGGAAUGUUCACCCCACGCAGUAUUUAGUGCUGCUUCUGCGAUAUCCAUUAGGCUACCGUCAGCUAGAGGAGAUUGUUUGGACAUCUCCUUCAAGGUCACCACAGAUUCGGAUGCGUGUCGGUCUUUGCGACUCAUACAAACCUGGAGUAGCAACUGCCAUACAGGCUUUUGAUUCCACAGACUCUGAGAUACCCGGGAAGGUUGCAAAUCAGGGCCCAGAUUUGCAAUCUUUCUUCAUUGGCGACUCAAUCCAUACACUACUCAACACACAUUUUGUCAGCUUGGUGCGACAACGUCUCCAACAUAACUUUACUUGGACAGGGGCUGAGCUCUAUUCAAACAAUAGCCAAGGCAAAAUGGCAGACCCUGAAGAGUUAACACGCGAACUGUAUUUUGUUCGAGAGACAUGGAACGAUAUCACACCACGCUUUCUUCGAGCAGACCAUAUCUCCGAGGGUAAGGCUCAAUUAUCCUUUCCUCUGAUUGCCAUGCAGUUCACCCUUCGCAGAUUUGUAAAGUGCACGGAGUUCUGCCUAAACUGCUAUUGCAAGGUUGAAGCGGGCUUUGAGGCGCUUAUGCCCUAUGUCUGCUCAAAAAGUCUGUGUCUGUACCAGUACAUGAAACUUGGCAUGGGGCCGAGUCUAGAGUGGAAAAUAGUAUCUCAACCGUACGUUAUCGACAUGCUUGUCAGUUUCACUUAUUCUCGAGCGGCAUAUAACCGCCUUCAAGACUUCCCUACUGGCCUCGGAAUGGUGGUUCCUACAGCCUAUGGCAAGCGCCGCACAGAGAGAAUAUACAGUGCAAAGCUCAACCUGGACAAAAUGGAGCUCCUUGCCGAAGGGAAGCCUGAUUUGAGAGAGGGUGAUUGGAUUAUGAUUACGCGACACGGCUCAAACCUUCGCACCUGUCAACCUCAGUGGCAUUGUCGAGUGCAGGACGCGGAUCUGCUGCCAUCUAUCGUCGUAUCAUCCCCAGUUACCCGAUGGGCGCUACAUGGCCACAGCCCGCCUUUCACAAGCGGGGACCUUGUGCAAUUUGUAUGUUACAAAGAAUGCUUCGACGAUCUACCCGACAAUGUUAAAUGCGAGGCAAUGGUGAUGCUCUUGGACACACUUCCCAAUAUUGACGAGAUGCGGUCAUUUGUUUUGAGCCAUCCUAACGCUAAUUCCAAGAGGUCGCUGGCAUCAUGGGGUGAAAGAAUAUCCCCGUCUGCUCUUUAUGCCCUGCGGUGGAUUGUUGCAUCAAACCGAUCGUGUAUCAGGUAUGAGGACAAUCCGGAACAUCAAAUAUCAGGGCUGGAGGGCUAUGCACAGUUCAGGCUCGCGCAGGGAGCCCCAGAUAAGGAACAGCGCUUUGUGAGCGCGGUUAGGUCACAACCAUCCAGCCAAAACCAACUGUAUCCUACUCUGUUCGCAUGGCACGGAAGCCCGCUAUAUAACUGGCAUAGCAUUCUACGGGAAGGGCUGCACUUUAAGACUGUUGCACACGGCCGCUCUUCAGGGGAUGGCGUGUAUAUGUCCCCACAGUUCAAUUACUCAGUGACUUAUGCUUCUCAAGGGUCCGCUUCCCUGUCUUGGCCGAAUAGUAUUUUGAAUAUACAGAUGGCCCUGUCCCUAAAUGAGGUGGUCAAUGCUCCCAUGCAAUUUGUGACCUGCAAUGGAUACUACGUGGUAGAUCAGCUGGAUUGGAUUCAGCCAAGAUACCUCAUCAUUGCAUACAAGAAUGAAUGUUUAAAACUGGGAGAAUCGGGUGUUAAACCAUCAGACUUUUACACCCAGGAUCCUGGACAUGCCGCUGUUGGUCCCAACAGCAAGCGUCUCAUACUACCAAUCUCUGCUGUGAGCAGUCACCACAAAGCCCUCUUUUCAGAUAUAUCGGAUAGUCAAUCACGCAGUAGCAACUUUUUUGGGAGAGCGACUCAAAAUAGCACACCUGAUGGCCAGCUUUCUGAUGAUGGUAUACUGCUCUCUGAUGAAGACCCGGAUAGUGUCGCCACACUUGCAGAUGAUUACUGGCUCCUUGAAUCAGAAGGUCAAGAGAGUGACGAUAGCAAUGAUAGUGACAAUGAGGCGACAAACGAAGAUCUCCAUGGCCUGUCUGAGACCGAUUUUCGACCCGGAAGCUUAGAUGAGUCUUCCCUGAAGCUAUUAGGUCCACCCCAAUACGCGACAACAUUGGCUACUAAAUCUCUUCAAAAGCAUCUCCAAGCCACAUUGAAAUUACAGGAACGAGAGCCGUUGCAUACCCUUGGCUGGUACGUUAAUCCUAACAUGGUGAAUAAUGUUUACCAAUGGAUUGUGGAGCUACAUAGCUUUGAACCGUCCCUUCCGCUGGCCAAGGACCUAAAAGAGGCGGGCUUGACGUCCGUUGUGUUGGAAUUGCGUUUUCUGGCCCAAUUUCCUAUGUCGCCUCCUUUCGUCCGCGUCAUCCGCCCAAGAUUCCUGCCGUUUAGCAGAGGCGGUGGUGGCCAUGUUACUGCUGGAGGGGCGAUGUGCUUGGAACUACUAACGAGCUCCGGCUGGUCACCAGCUUCCAGUAUAGAGAGCGUCUUGCUGCAAGUUCGCAUGGCCCUCACCAGCACGGACCCGGUACCAGCACGGCUUGAGAAAGAACACACGUUGGAUUACUCCGUGGGCGAGGCUGUUUCUGCGUAUGUGAGGGUGUGUCGAUUACAUGGGUGGAAGGUUCCUGAUGACCUUAUUCGAGUCUCAUGGUGA